CACGCCGACUCUCGAAAUGUAGGUGAUCACCGGGUGCAAAGAAGCCACUCUCACCGGCAGACGAGCCCCAUGGAUGAUGGUUACGCAAAUGAAGAUGUGAGACACAGGGCGAGUCGGCAUCAGAAAGAGCGCAGCAAGUCCACCAGGUCCAAACACCCCCAUCAUCACCAUGACUCCUCUCGAGGUGAGCUGCCUCCCGCAGCGCAUCACCAGGGCGGCUCCCGGCAGGACAGGAGGACCUCUCCAACGCAGUCUUAUCCAAAGCAGCAGGACGACGCGGCUUUCUUCUUCGAGACCAGGGAGAGAGUGAUCACGGGGUCAUCCUCCAGUCUCAGCUCUGACCAACCUGCCACCAGCGCACCUGUCCAGCCCGCAGCCAGCCGCACAUCCAAAAGACUGAGCGCAGCCGUGUCUGAACAUGACUCUAGUCUUCAUCCCAUAGUGAAGUCAGUCUUUGGGCAGGACCGAGAGUUGAGGCCAGAAGAAAUGGAUGAGUUGCGUGAGGCAUUCAAGGAGUUUGACAAGGACAAAGAUGGGUUUAUCGGCUGUAAAGACCUGGGGAACUGCAUGAGAACAAUGGGCUACAUGCCAACAGAGAUGGAGCUAAUUGAACUGAGCCAGCAGAUCAACAUGAAUCUGGGAGGACAUGUUGACUUUGAGGACUUUGUUGAACUCAUGGGGCCCAAACUUCUGGCUGAAACUGCAGACAUGAUUGGGGUUAAAGAGCUGAGAGAUGCAUUCAAAGAGUUUGACACUAAUGGUGACGGCCAGAUCAGCACAGCAGAACUCAGAGAAGCAAUGAAAAAACUUUUAGGACAACAGGUUGGACACAGAGAUCUGGAGGACAUUUUACGAGACAUUGACCUCAACGGAGAUGGGCAUGUAGACUUUGAAGAAUUUGUGCGGAUGAUGUCUCGAUGAGUUCCUGAUGGAGAGUCGACAUGGAUUCUCUGUUGGAAUGGGAGGAAGAGGAGAGAGACCAGCACAGAUGAAUCUUGAACUUCUGGACUGUCAAUGAACACGAAAACAAACACAUAUCAACCCUGCCCUGAAACUGCCAUGCUGAAGCACAAAGGCUGACGACUACAGCCAGGAGCAACACUGUUGAUUAUAUGCUGCUGCUGUUUCUUAGAGCAUAAACAAAACCAACAGCUGCAUUUCUGUCUUUUACAAAGUAUAUUUUAAAAAGCAUAUUUUCCUUUAGUAAUAACAACAUUUCUAAUGAUGAUGUGGCUCUUGACUCAAUGGGUAAAGGGUAAUGGGAGGUAUUUUGCUCAAAUACUAUACUAUGUUAAUAACUGUAGCAAUUAAGAAGACAUAUUUUCAACUACAGCAGUAUGCCAGCAAACAUCUGAACCACUACAAUAUAUUCUUUUUUUUUUUUUAAUGCUGAGGGCAUCUUAAGCACAAAUACAAUAUGGCAAUAUGGAAAUAUUUCAUGUGAUCCUGUCAAAGCUGUGUGUUUGUGUUUUGUGCAUACUGUUGUUUCUCUCUGCCCUAUACUGUAGAUUUAUUAUGUCCCUUAAGACUAUUGUCAAACCCUGGUUAAGGCAAGCCAAAAUUUGUUUUGUAAUUAUGUGUAAUGUAGCAUUGAUGCAAUCCUUCUGACUUUAAUAACAUUAUGCCUAUCUUACUGUGAUAUAUAUGUAAUUUUCAGUGUGCAUAAAACUCCUUCAACUGGAAAAAUCCUUGAAGGAAAUUAUCUCUAGGUACAAUGAGUUGCUAAUCUUGACAACUGUGAUAGGCCUUUUUAACGACAUGUAUGUUUUACUAAUUCUGAAUAUUACUGAUCAUCCAUACCCUAACUCACACAGGUAGGUGAUCAACAGAGUGUUAAAACUAUACAUGAAAGAGAGAUUCUGUUAAUGCUUUAAUUUUUAUCAGAGAGCUUUGAUAAAUGUACUUGUUUAUUGGGGUUUUGUGAGUCUACAUGAGUCUAACGAACAGUCCUGAA